AUACAUGCGAGAGGCCACCCCCUAUGUGAAGAAAGGUUCUCCUAUUUCUGAAAUUGGAUGGGAAACUCCUCCUCCCGAGUCCCCCCGCUUGGGCAACCCAACCAUCGAUCCCCUGUUGCCGCUCUCUCUCAACAUCCACCGAGACAAAAAGACCAUCCCGCUCAAAAUGUGCUAUGUGACGCGGAACAUGGCUAUGUUAGACCCAGAAAACAGGCUUGUUGAAGUUCAUUCACCGGAUGCCAAGCACACUCUGGUUCUAAGGAGUAAAGAUGCAAGCAGUGCCCAGUCCUGGUUCUAUGCUAUCCACUCCUGUAUCAGUGAGCUCAUUCCCAAAGUGAUCUCAGAGGUCAAAGAUCAACUGGGUAAAGCGGGAAUUGCUGGAGGCCGAGAAAUUAGGCACCUGGGUUGGCUGGCAGAAAAGGUCCUGGGACAGAAUGAGAAGCCUUGGAAAGCAGUGUUGGUUGUACUGACUGAGAAAGAUCUCUUGAUAUUUGAGAGCAUGCCGCGCAUCAAGGAAGCUUGGUCUACUCCGCUUCAUUCCUACCCUCUCUUGGCUACCAGGUACCUUCUCUUCUUUAGUCCAGAAAGUGUAUAUAUUUUUUAAGAAAUCUCAUUUGUAAAUUACUCAUUGGCCAUG